GCCGUCAGUUGAUUUUCGUUAGCCAAACGGUUCGCAUGGUUCUUUGGCAUUGAGUCCCGUCGUUCUGGUCGUCGUCAUCCGUCGGUCGAACGUGAGCAUCGUCGUCGUCGUCGUCUCGGUCGUGGAUUGUGGGUGUUUAGCUCAUCGUCGGUCUACGUCGUGGUCGUGGUAGUGCUUCUGUGUCUGGUUACCGGCGCCAUGGAUUAAUAUUUAUUAUAUGAUUAAAUUGAGAAUUUUAUGAAAUAUCAAAAUCGUUGUUUACACAAAAAUCUGUGAAAAUCAGAAACCCCGAAUGAAAAAAAAUGAGUGCAAGUCUAUUUUGAAAGAAGGUGUCUCGCUGGUGCCAAGAAAGAUUGCGGGCAAUUAAAUUAACAGAGAGUAAAAGCCUGAGGAUACAUAGAUACAAAGAAAACUUUUGACAAAAUGCAUUUAUGUGAAGUGCGUGCCACAAGGCAGCAGCAGCAGCAUCCACCUAAGCAUUUAUCUAACGCAUACAAGAUUAAAAAUACCAACAGCGAAAUCAAACGUCGACAACAUAGAAACAAUCAAAAUGUCGCCCCAACGUCGCCGUCGCCACUAAGGCAUCUAAAAAUAAUCAAACCAAAGAUGCUGCUGUCAUCCCAUUUUGGGAUGCAGUGGCUCUUGCUCCUGCUGUUCGUAUGCGACGGAGGAUUGGGAUUAAAUGGAUUAACACAAGUUUCAGCGCUCAAGGGUGAAAAUCCGCGCAUCAUUGAGCACCCUAUGGAUACGACGGUGCCAAAAAAUGAUCCAUUUACGUUUAAUUGCAAAGCCGAAGGCAAUCCAACACCAACCAUACAAUGGUAUAAAGAUGGACGAGAACUGAAAACGGAUGCGGGUUCACAUCGCAUAAUGCUGCCCGCGGGUGGUUUAUUCUUUCUGAAGGUCAUACAUUCACGUAGAGAAAGCGAUGCGGGCACAUAUUGGUGCCAGGCCAAAAAUGAGUUUGGUGUGGCACGUUCAAGGAAUGCAACACUUCAAGUGGCAUUUCUGCGCGACGAGUUUCGCUUGGAGCCGCAAAACACCCGAGUGGCCCAGGGCGAGGUGGCUUUGAUGGAGUGCGGUGCACCUCGCGGUUCACCUGAACCGCAAAUCUCAUGGCGCAAGAAUGGUCAAACAUUGAACCUGAGCGGUGGCAACAAACGUAUUCGCAUUGUCGAUGGCGGCAAUUUGGCCAUACAGGAUGCCCGUCAAUCGGAUGAUGGUCGUUAUCAGUGUGUGGUUAAGAAUGUUGUGGGUAUACGUGAAUCGGCGACUGCAUUCUUAAAGGUUCAUGUGCGUCCAUUCCUCAUACGUGGCCCACAGAAUCAAACGGCUGUGGUGGGCAGUUCCGUUGUAUUCCAGUGUCGUAUCGGAGGUGAUCCUUUGCCAGAUGUCUUGUGGCGUCGUGCCGCCUCCGGUGGCCAUAUGCCUUUGAGUCGUGUGCGCAUACUUGAGGACCGAAGUCUGAAACUGGACGACGUCACGCUGGAGGAUAUGGGCGAGUAUAGUUGUGAGGCGGACAAUGCGGUGGGCUCAAUUACGGCCACGAGCGUCCUCACCGUUCACGCACCACCCAAGUUUGUUAUACGCCCCAAAAAUCAACUUGUCGAGAUCGGUGAUGAAGUGCUCUUUGAAUGCCAGGCCAGCGGUCAUCCACGACCCACUCUCUACUGGUCGGUGGAGGGCAAUAGCUCUCUCCUCCUGCCCGGCUAUCGUGAUGGACGUCUAGAGGUCACUUUAACCCCCGAAGGACGCUCUGUAUUGUCCAUAACACGUUUCGCCCGCGAGGAUUCUGGCAAAGUGGUUGUAUGUAAUGCCCUCAAUGCGGUCGGCAGUGUCAGCAGUCGUACGGUGGUCAGUGUGGAUACACAGUUUGAGUUACCGCCACCGAUUAUUGAACAGGGUCCAGUGAAUCAAACCUUGCCCGUCAAGUCCAUAGUGGUUCUGCCGUGCCGCACUCUAGGCUCACCGGCACCUGAGAUCUCUUGGUAUUUGGAUGGCAUACCCAUUGAUGUGCAAGAGCAUGAACGUCGAAAUCUAACCGAUUCGGGCUCUCUGACCAUAUCCGAUUUGCAAAGACACGAAGAUGAAGGUCUGUACACUUGUGUGGCCAGCAAUCGUAAUGGCAAAUCGUCGUGGAGUGGUUACUUACGCCUGGAUACGCCAACAAAUCCCAAUAUUAAGUUUUAUCGAGCACCCGAACUGUCUACUUAUCCCGGACCACCGGGUAAGCCACAAUUGGUGGAGAAGGGUGAAGAUUCCCUAACAUUGAGCUGGACACGAAGCAACAAAGUGGGCGGCUCCAGCCUGGUGGGUUAUGUGAUUGAAAUGUUUGGAAAAAAUGAGACAGACGGUUGGAUGGCAGUGGCCACUAGAGUACAGAAUACAACCUAUACCCAAUUGGGUUUAGUGCCGGGUGUUAAUUACUUUUUCCUUAUACGAGCGGAAAACUCGCAUGGUCUCUCCCUGCCCAGUCCCAUGUCGGAGCCCAUAACAGUGGGAACGCGUUACUUCAACAGUGGCCUAGAUCUAAGUGAGGCUCGCGCUAGUCUCCUUUCCGGUGAUGUGGUUGAGCUUACCAAUGCCAGUGUUGUGGAUUCCACUAGCAUGAAACUCACAUGGCAGAUCAUCAAUGGCAAAUACGUCGAGGGCUUCUACAUCUAUGCACGUCAGCUACCAAAUCCAAUAGCAAAUAAUCCAGCUCCUGUAACGCCAAACACCAAUCCACUGAUGGACUCUGCAUCUGCAUCGGAAUCGGCCUCGGCUUCGGCAUCGGCAUUGAUUUCGACAAAACCAAAUAUUGCCGCUGCCGGAAAACGUGAUGAGACGCCACAGCAGUCACCGCCAUCGACUUUCAGUACCAAAUACCGUAUGCUGACGAUACUCAAUGGCGGUGGGGCUUCAUCCUGUACGUUAACCGGCCUCUUACAGUAUACGUUAUAUGAAUUCUUCAUUGUGCCAUUUUACAAAUCCGUUGAGGGCAAACCUUCAAAUUCACGCGUGGCGCGUACCCUCGAAGAUGUGCCCAACGAGGCGCCAUUUGGCAUGGAGGCAGUUUUACUCAAUUCCUCGGCUGUGUUCUUGAAAUGGAAGGCACCCGAAAUGAAGGCUCAACAUGGCAUUUUGCUCAACUAUCAUGUGAUUGUCCGUGGCAUUGAUACGGCGCAUAAUUUCUCAAGAAUUUUGACAAAUGUCACCAUUGAUGCUGCCUCACCCACUCUGGUCCUGGCUAAUCUCACUGAGGGUGUCAUGUACACUGUGGGCGUGGCUGCUGGUAAUAAUGCAGGCGUUGGUCCCUAUUGUACACCAGCCACAUUACGUUUGGAUCCCAUUACAAAGCGUCUGGAUCCGUUUAUCAAUCAACGCUAUCCCAUCAAUCAGGAUCAUGUAAACGAUGUGCUGACACAGCCGUGGUUCAUUAUACUCCUGGGCGCCAUAUUGGCCAUCCUGAUGUUGUCCUUCGGUGCGAUGGUCUUUGUGAAGCGCAAGCAUAUGAUGAUGAAGCAGUCGGCAUUGAAUACCAUGCGUGGCAAUCAUCCAAGCGACGUGCUCAAAAUGCCGAGUCUAUCGACGCGCAAUGGAAAUGGCUACUGGUUGGAUGCCUCGACAGGCGGCAUGGUUUGGCGUCCCUCGCCCAGCGGCGACUCACUCGAGAUGCAAAAGGAUCACAUUGCCGACUAUGCCCCAGUCUGUGGCGCAAGCGGCGGCGGCGGUGGCAGUGGCAGCAGCGGCACCAGCGGCGCCAGCAGCGGCAACAGCAGCAGCGGUAUUGGCGGACCCGGCUGCAUUGAUGACAUUCAUGGACAUGGCAAUGAACGCAAUCAGCAGCGGUAUGUGGGCGAAUACUCAAAUAUACCCACCGACUAUGCCGAGGUGUCCAGUUUCGGCAAGGCACCAAGUGAAUAUGGAAGGGGGUCACCGGCUCCCUAUGCCACUUCGGCCAUACUCAAUCCUAACCAACAGCAACAGCAGCAGCAGCAGCCACAACCACGUUAUCAACAACGGCCAGGUGCAGUCGGUUAUGGCCUUCAACGACCCAUGCAUCCCCAUUACCAGCAACAGCAGCAACAACACCAGCAACAGCAAGAGCAGCAACAGCUUCAUCCGGGAGUCUCACACUCGAACAAUAUCUAUCAGCAAAUGUCCACGACAAGCGAGAUAUAUCCCAGCAAUAACCCCACGGCCAGAUCAGUGUAUUCGGAGCAGAAUUAUUAUUAUCCCAAGGACAAGCAUAUGCAUAUGCAUAUAACGGAAAAUAAACUGAGCAAUUGUCAUACCUAUGAGGCGGCACCAGGACCAGUUGUUGUCGUUGGCCAGACCAAACCAUCUUCCGCUUCAUCAUCGCAGUUUUCUAGUGUUCGUCGUCAUCCGCAGAUGGCGCCCAACUGCAGCAUUGGACGGGAUAGUGCUCGCUUUAAGGUCAUUAACUCGCAAAAUGUUGGCGAUUCUAAGCUGCAGCAGAAUCUACUCGAUCUAGAUGGCUCUUCAUUCUGUUACAAUGGCCUAGCCGAUUCCGGUUGCGGUGGUUCACCAUCGCCCAUGGCCAUGCUAAUGUCCCAUGAGGAUGAACAGGCCCUCUAUCAUACUGCCGAUGGUGAUCUUGAUGAUAUGGAGAGACUCUAUGUAAAGGUCGAUGAUCAGCAGCAGCAGCAACAACCCCCGCAACAGCAACACCAGCAGCAGCAGCAGCAGCAACAGCAACAAGUAUCGCAGCAACAACAGCAAUUGCUGCCACUGGUGCCCCAGCAUACAGGUGAACAUGUAAUGCCAACAAAUCAUCCGCAUCAUCCGCAUCACCAUCAUCAGCAAUCAUGGCGUGGUCAGAGUCUGCGUAGCAAUCGUAGUAAAGCCGCCGGUUGCCCGGAUCCAAAGGAGAAUAACGAACUGAUCUAUGCACCUGGCAGUGUGGCCAGCGAAAGAAGUUUGCUCAGCAAUACAGGCAGUGGCAGCAGCAGUAAUCAGCCACACAAUGUCUGACCCAUGGCCGGCAGCAGCAAUUCAUCACUAAUCCCAUCCCAAACUCAAACCCAAAACCAAACUCAAUCGCAAUCCCAAGAACAAUUGUACGCCAGGGAGGUAAGGGAGUUGCUCGCUUGGUGCGAACGUUUCAAUAAUGGUGGAGUCGAGAAUUUCGAGUAAGAACGAAAUGAUAAAGUGACUAAAGGAUUGCAGGAAUAAUCACUGUGAGCCUGCACAUGUGAUAGAAACGAUAUGGAAAAUGAAUAAAAUAUAAUUGGAAAGCAUUUACUUUACUACUUCAAGGCUACUUCGCGUCGACUAGCUUUUAAUCAAGUUAAAUUUUCUUUGAUUAUUCCUUGCAAUGAUUUAUUUACGCCUUGUCACAUUAUCUGAGACAUCUCGAUUAAAAAAUAUUGUAAAAGCCAAUGCCAAUUUCGUCACUUUAAUU